AUGGAUUCCACAAAUUAUUUGAGAAUUAAUCUCAUUGAUGCCGGAAUUAAAUCAAAAUCUCUAAUGAGAAUUAAGAACGUUAAGUUGCUAAAGAGGCAUAACUUUUAUAUACUAAAUUUCAAGGAUAAAUUUAAAAAAUUACACAAAAAGGUUAUUAAAACAUAUAAAAUUAAUAUAUAUAAUAAUGAUGUAAAUAAUAAUACUGCUAUUAAAAAUAGUAAUGGUGAGUUUAUGAGUUUGCAUAAUGAAAGGAGCCUGAAAAAUAAAUUGGAUGUUUUUGAAGGUAUAAAAUGUGAGAAUAUAGUAAAGAUAAUAAAAAUAUAUUUGAAAAACUGUUUGCUUAAAGAUUGCAAAUUGGUUAAUGUUAGUAAAAAUUAUAUUGAAGAUAUAGUUGAUUUGGUAUUCAAUCCAUGUAUUAUAGCCAAAAGUGAACCGAUAUUGAAUAAGUUUAACGUUAAACGUAGAGAUAAAUUGUUUUUAUUUAAGGGAUUUUGUUUCUACGGACAUACUACACACUUUCCAAAUAACAUAUUAAAACAAAAUAAACAAUACUAUAAGGUGUUGUUAUUAAAAAAUUUUAUAUAUUUGGAAAAUGACAUAAGUUUAUCAGGAUAUGAGUCUAUUUCAAACUUGACAAAUUUAUUCAUGAAUAAUAAGUUGAACAAAUUGGCAGAAAAAAUAUGCGAUUGUGGAAUAAACAUUAUUAUAGCAGAAAAUUAUAUACCAUACCAUAUAUCGACAUUGCUAAGUGGAUAUAAAAUCAUUUGCAUAUCAAACGUAGGUAAUGUUAUGAUUAAUAAGCUGUCGUAUGCCCUAAAGUGUAAUGUAUUAGAUUCAAUAAUCAGCUCAACUUCUGAUUCUUGUGAAAGUUUGGACAAAAACUCAACUGGAAUUGUUUCGAAAAAUCAGGCAAACAUGCCAAUGGGAGAUUUAAGUAUAUAUAUGGGAAUAUGCGAAGAAUGUAAUAUUAUAGAGAAUAAGAAGAGUAUGGUGUGUAUUCGUUUUUUGGACUAUUUUAAAGGCUUCACAGUGCUGAUUUCAACGCGCUUGAUGAGUUCAGAAAUUCUAAAAACAGUCAAGGAGUUGAUUAAAAUCACAUUGAUUAGACUACAAACCAUUAUUGAAGAACUACAGUUCAUCAAUAAUCUUAACGGAACAGUUCCAGUUAAUAGAAAUUUGAUUAAUACAUUAGAGGAUAAUAGACAAGUUUGUGAAAAUUUUUCAGAUUAUCUACUUAACACUGUUACCGGUGAUGAGAAAAGUGUUAGUGUGAAUGAUGUGGAUAGUGAUAUAAUAUAUUACGGAAACAUGAGUAGUAGUAUUGGUAGCCUUAGGUGCAGUAAUGUUAGUAGUCUAGAAUAUAGGAAAAUAGUUAAAUUAACAUUGUACAAAUAUUACACAAAUAAUAAUCAAACGUGCAGUGGCCCGGAGCGAGUGAAUGUGUCCGUGGGUAACUUUGCUGAAGGUAAUUUUUUAGUGGAUUUUCUUAAAAAUCUACUAAAUUCCUUAAAAAUCAACAAAUGCCCAAACCUCAACUGCUCGGAGCCGUUUCUUAACCAUCAACUACAUUUCGAAACCUCAUACUCAAAUACACCUAACAUGAAAUUGACACUGACAUUUCAGCACACAACACACAAUUUCACUACAUUAGAUAACUUCACUGAAGAAGACCCUUAUAAUAAUGGACUCGACUCGGAAAUAAAUAUGGAUAUAUACUGCAUGAAGUGUAAUAGCAGUAAAAGAUAUAAAACAAGAAAUAUAACAUUUGGUAAAUUCAUACAGUUGUUGAUGCUAAAUAAGUUAUAUAAGUCGGAUUGCGGACAUUUGUUGUUUUGCGACCACAAGUUUAUUGUAUUAAUUGAACAUUUCACCAUAACUUUCCACUUAACUAAUGUAACUGUGUUUAACAUUUUACCGCAAUUUGAUACAAAGCUCUACAAUUCACAAAUGAAUACACUUAACCCUAUUCAAGUAGUUUGUGCUCGUAAUGAAGUACCCAAUGAUGAUGGUAUCGGUAUAUACUUCCCAGUAAAUAACAGUAUAACAAGCAUAAUACUGAGAAAUGAGUGUAACAAAAUAUAUCAUUGGCUAAAACGAAAUUAUAAAAAUUUGUUAAAUGUUGAUGUAAUUGAACAAAUUCCAUGUAUUUGUACUUUUUCACCUGGUAAAAGUAUAAAAAAAGAUGAUAGUAUUCCAAGAAGUCAAUGGCUAAAGGAAAUUAAAGGAUUAGAUUUCACAACCUUUUUGAUAAAAUAUGAAAAACACUCAUCACUAAAUAUAGAAUUAAACCCUAAAAUUCGUGAUAAAAUUAAACAAUCACUCAACAAAGGAGUAACCUUAUAUACCUGUGAAGAGUGCGGGAUGGAAUUAUAUAAUACAAUAAGUGAUAUAGAAAUCUUAAAUUGGAUAUACAUAAUAAUUGGGAUAACUAAAGAACUAAUGAGGAAGAUAGUGAAGGUAAAAAUCGGAGUAAACCAUGUGAAACAAUUUCUCAAUGAAUUUUACCAAUUUUAUGCAUCAUUAUGUGAAUUUGAGAACAAAUUCCUUAAUUUAUUCGUCCAAAUUUGCACACACAUGCUAUACGCCAAGUACCACUGCCCAAGAGAUCCAAUACAAGUUUUCACAAUCAUCAAAUCCUUCUACAUAACAUAUUAUAGAUUAUUUGAAGAAUUGUUGUAUAAUUAUAGAAAAAUCUCACAUAUUGACCACGUUUCUAAUUUUAAGCUUAAGGAAGAUGAAGAUGUUAUUAUACAGUAUGUAAGUGGUGAGAGUAAGAAAUAUGUUAAAAUAAAUCAAGGAACAAUUUAUGGUGUGAAUGAGCUGGAAGAAGAUAACUUAAGUGAUUUGGAGGAGUAUUUAGUGUUUUUAAGAGAAUUCGCAGUAUUGUCAGGGAUUCAAGAUUUGUCAAGUGAACCAAUUAAAAAAACAAUCUACGUUAAGUUGAUUAAUAAAAUUAAGUUAAACUCAGAUAUAGAAGGUGACCCAAUAGUGUGUUUAGAUUAUAAACCAAUAAUACAGCCGAAACGUGACAUUGCAUCGAUACUGUCUAAAGCACUUGUUAAAACAAUAAAUACUGAAAUUAAUCAUUAUUUUGCUAGUUACUUUACUGGAGUAGAGUCUGAAAAUGUAGUGAAUAAAGUAGGAUUGUGUGCAAAUUAUGUAAUGAUGAAUAGGAUUAAAAUGGAUGAAUUUAGUGGAAUAUUUGGUAUAAAUGAUUGUAAAUUCACUAAAAAUAAAUAUAAAUCAAAAUUAUUGAAGCUAAUAUUUGAUAUAAAUGAUACGGAUUUUAGUAAAUUGUGUGAUAGUACAGUGAAAAGUAUAGGAGAAUUGAUGAGUGGAGGUAAAAGAAGGAUUAAAAGACGAAAAACAAGUAAUAACAUACCAUAUUAUGGUAUACCAAUAAUAUAUACUAGUUUGAUAGAAACCUCUAAGGAAUCAAAAGAUAGUCCAGUUGAUUCAAUUUCAAAAGUCGAGCCAAAAUGUGUGAAUUAUUUUCUAUACGAAAUGUUUAACGAAUUAUAUAAUGUGUCAGAACUGAAAGUUAAUGUUAGACUUUUAUUAAAUAAGAGUUUAAAGUCCAUUUUUGAAGCCAUAAAAAACAAUUGUUUAUUAAAGUUUGAUGCUAAUUCAUUGGUAGCAUUCGGUGAAGUUGAUUCUAGCCAACACUUAGAACUAUACAAUAGUGAAGUAAUUAAAGAUUUGGUUAAAGUUAAUGUGGAUGAAGAAGUGAAUAGAGAGUUGGAAGCGAGUAUCGAGAAAGAAGUUAAUGUUGGACCUUAUAACGUGAUAAUCUAUUACAUGAACGAGUUCCGUAGAAUAAGACUUAAAUAUUGUGGAGAUGAAAUGAAUUUCAUCCGCUCACUGAGUAGGAGCACAAGAAUGUUCUCAAUUGGGAAGAGUGGAUCCCCUAUCUUCAUGACGCAUGACGGAAAAUUCACAAUAAAAUUGAUAAAUAAACACGAAAUAGGCUUGUUUAUAACUAGAGGGAGUGACUUUUUUUGGCAUUUUAACAAUAACAAGACCUUGAUGAGUCUGCCGUACGGACUCUUCAAAGUGACCCACGUCAAAACCAACACCUCAAUUAACUGCUUCGUAAUGCAAAAUAUCGAUUAUUUUAAUGACGUAAAGGUCAGUUUCGAUCUUAAAGGAGUUUUUCUAAAGAGAUUCAUUAGCAUCCAAAAUACCAGUAGUAAUGGUGUCGCUACUAACAAUAAUGGUGUUAUUAAUGGUUAUGGAGUGGGGAAUAUAGAAGUCUUGCUGGACCAGAAUUUUAAAAUAUAUACGAAAGGAUGCCCAAUACAGUUGAAUGAAGAGUCGAUAAAUAUAAUAAAUAACAUAUUAAAGAACGAUUUGGAGUUUCUUUCGUCAAUUAACAUUGUAGACUACUCGCUUCUUCUGAGAAUAUUGCCGACGCUUUCAAUAAUUACCAUCGGGUUGAUAGAUUUCUUAAGGCCCUAUACAUGGGAUAAACAGAUAGAAACAGUAGGGAAGAGAUUAGCGAAUAUAGGCCAAGCUCCUACAAUAGUAUCACCCAACGAGUAUAAAACAAGAUUCUUCAAUUUUAUACAAAAAACAUUUAUACACUUCCCUAAACUAAAAUAUAAUAAUGCCAAUGUUAACACCAUUGGUGAUGUGAUUUAUAAUGAUACGAACGCAGUCAAGGAUAAUACCCAUAAUUUAGUGAAAGGUUUAUUGUUGGAGUAUGAACAUAGAAUUAUAAAGUAUAAAAGUUGUAAAGUGUGUAGAAUAAUGAAAUGCUUGUACGAUAAUCCUUAUUAUUCCUGCCUCAAGUUCUAUAUGGCAAUGUUAUCACCAAACGUAUUACAGUAUUUGCACUCGGUAUAUAGUUCGAAGGGAACCAAAAUUUAUGAAAUCGAAAACAAAAAUGAAGAUGGAGAAGAUAAUUUAAAGUCCGGAGUGGAAGAACUAGUGAAAUUGAUACAAAAUAUACACCAAACACCAACUAUUAAUUGGACAAUAAUUUAA